CACCUUUUUCUCUCUCUCUAGGUAGGGUUUGCAGUUCCCUUCUACAUUUUUUUCACAGUUUUGGUUGACCAGUGAGAAGAGAAAGAAGAUCAACUAUUACCCAUAUAAGAAAAAGUGGCUGCCAAAAAUCAAAAUAAAAAAAACAAGGGGUUAAAAUGGGUAGGGGAAGAGUGGAGCUGAAGAAGAUAGAAAACAAGAUUAAUAGGCAAGUCACUUUUGCUAAGAGGAGAAAUGGACUUCUCAAGAAAGCUUAUGAACUCUCUGUCCUUUGUGAAGCUGAAGUUGCUCUCAUCAUUUUCUCUACCCGUGGCAAGCUUUAUGAGUUCUCUAGCACCUCCAACACGCUCAAAACCCUUGAAAGGUACCAAAAAUGCAGCUAUGGCACGUUAGAAGUCAAACAAUCUGGCAGAGAUGCUAAUGAGGAAAAGUUCUAUAGGGAGUACUUAAAGCUUAAAGCCAAAUAUGAGUCCCUGCAGCGAUAUCAAAGACACCUUCUUGGGGAUGAACUGGGCCCUCUAAACAUAGAUGAGCUUGAGCACCUUGAACUUCAGCUAGAUACUUCCCUCAAACAUAUAAAAUCCACCAGGACACAGUUGAUGCUUGACCAGCUUACUGAUCUUCAAACUAAGGAGAAGUUGUGGAUUGAAGCAAACAAGGGUCUUGAAAGAAAGCUGGAAGAAAUUUAUGCUGAAAACAACCUUCAACAAUCCUGGGGAGGUGGUGAGCAAAGUGGCGCUUACAGCCAGCAGCAUCCUCAAACUCAGGGUUUUUUCCAACCUCUAGAAUGCAACUCCACCUUGCAAAUAGGGUAUGAUCCAGCAAGUUCAAGCCAAAUAACAGGUGUAACCAGUGGCCAGAACAUCAGUGGCAUAGUCCCAGGUUGGAUGCUGUGAAUGUACCUUAAAAGCUAAUCUUCAUGUCAUAUCAUAAGCAAAUAAAUGCAGUUAUUCAGCUAUCUGAGAACUGUAACCUCCUUUCUCUUAGUUUCUAAUUUUGUGCAAAGCGCUGUGGAUACAGUUGCUUAGAGAUGUUUUAUCAACCAUAGCUGAUGUAGAACAAUUUUAUGACACAUUUAAAGCACUUUUCCACAAUCUUUAUACUGUGAGAAAGCUUCAACUUUUAACAUA